AUGGCGACACCGUUCCAGGUCGAGGCUUGGAGUGAGUAUGCCGUUGGUUUGCUCGUGCUCCUUAUCCGCAUCGUUUACCGCUCGACAAUUGUCGGGACCAACUGGGAGGGAGAUGACUAUUUCGCAUUGAUUGCGGUGUUCUUCUGGACGGGAGAACUGGUGAUGUUAGAGUUGAUCGGGCAAUAUGGAAGCAUUACUGGAAUGAACGAUGAGCUCGCCUUGACGCUCUCCGAUAAGCAAGUCGACAGAAUCGUCAUCGGCUCAAAAUGUCUGCUCGCGGGAUGGAUUCUAUACGUGACGCUCAUUUGGUGCUUGAAAGCAUGCAUGCUCUUCUUAUACCGAAGACUCACGCUCAACUUGCAACAGCAAAAGAUGGUUCUAAUCACUGCUUACACCUGUGUUGUCCUAUAUCUUGUCACUAUCAUCGUGAUCUUGACACGGUGCAUGCCGUUCCAUGCGAACUGGCAGGUGUACCCUUACCCAGGUGAUGCCUGCGCUCUGAAUAUUCCCAACUACAUUGCGCUCGCAAUUACCAACGUCACCACGGACAUGAUGAUUCUCUACAUUCCACUGCCUCUCUUAUGGUCUGUUCAGAUGCCAUUGGCUCGCAAAAUUAUCUGCUCUCUAUGGCUCUGCACAGGUGUUUUCAUCAUCAUUGCUACACUGCUCCGAUGCAUUCUUUGCCUGCAAGAUGCGGAAUCCAUCAACCUGGGAACUAUCUGGUCAAUCAGAGAAACAUUCGUGGGUAUCCUAGCCGUCAAUGCCCCGGUCUUAGGGCCUUGGAUCGCCAAAAACGCUUCGGCUGUGCGUUCCCGCACGUCCAAGAACCGUUCCAAGACGGGCGGCCAAGAGUCUGCCAGUCACAUCGUCACGAUUGGCGCAAAAGAGAGCACCCACCGUCUCGACCGUCUGACAAAAGACGGCCGCAGGGGUUUGGGAUGGACUGAGAUUGACAACGACAGCGAAGAACGCAUCAUGAAGACACAGAACGAUGUUGCUGUCUCGGCCAAGCGUUCGGACGAGGAGCUUGGCCGCGACAUUGAUCCCAACGGUAUCCAUGUGAAGACCACAUUCCAGGUCUCCGGAUGA